AUGGAUUCGCGAAUGCGCCGCGCCUCCAUCGAUGAAUAUCUCUCUUCAAAUUGGUCUUGUGCAGGUCCGAUUAAAGGAGCUGGAAAAGAGGCUUCAAGAAGGUCAGAUGCUCUAGCAUCCUCAAUUUGGUCGCAUAGCUUUGCUGAAAUACUACCAGUCUCCGAUCCACUCCACAAGAGAUACGGCAAGUUUCUGACCAGAAUUGAAGCAGCCAAGUUGCUUCACCCGGGUCAAGAUGCUAUCAACCGUACGCAAGCCUGGUUAGAAAAUCAUGGUAUUUCGAUUCAUCGUCAUAGGUUCAAUGCCGCAGAGGACUGGCUAAGAGUCACCGUAUCAAUCGCGGAAGCCGAGCGUCUUCUUGAUACCAAAUAUUAUAUCUAUAGAUAUGGGAAUAGAACUGCCGCUCGAGCAAUGGAGUGGUCAUUACCCCAAUACCUACACGACGUGAUUGAUACCAUCCAACCGACAACAUCUUUUAUGCGCCUGCCAGUCCACGUCAAAGCACGCCAGAAUGAAGACCAUGAGGUUACCGACCUCAAUCAACUUGCAGAAGACGUGGCACCAGGUACCGGAACGGCUGUCGACUUGAGUAAUAUUCCACCGCAUCUGACACCCCAACAAGCAUGCAACGCCAGUGCUGUAACACCCCUUUGCCUUCGUACGCUAUAUGGAACCCUGUACUACAAGGCCAGCGCUAAACGAGGAACAAGAAUGGCGCUGGUCAAUUAUUUAGGAGAGUUCAACAAUAGAUCUGAUAUUUCCCAAUUUCUCAAAGUCUAUAGACCAGACGCUCUUGCAGGAGCGGAAAGCUUUGAAGAUAUUAGCAUAAAUGGCGGUAUCAACCAACAAAGUCUUGUAACAGAUGAGCAAUAUACCCACGGUUCUGGGAGGGAAGGCAAUCUUGACGCUGAAGUCAUGAUAGGCAUUGCCCAUCCAAUUCCACUUACCACAUACACGGUUGGAGAAUCCGAGCCACCGUUUACACCGGACUCGUUCACUCCCACUAACACCAACGAGCCAUUCCUGACCUGGUUGAACUGGAUUCUAGACCAGCCUGACUCGGAGCUUCCCAGCGUGGUCUCCACUUCGUAUGGGGACAUCGAACAUACAGUUCCAAUUUCAUACGCACGCCGAGUUUGCAACGGUUUUGCCCAACUUGGUGCACGCGGGGUCUCCGUUAUAAUGGGUUCGGGAGAUCAUGGCGUUGGUCAUCCGGGUGACUGUUAUUCGAAUGACGGCCUGUUUACCCCCGAAUUCCUUGUGAGCUUUCCAGAUUCUUGUCCAUGGGUAACGUCUGUCGGGGCUACAAAGGGUAUCCAGCCAGAAGUUGUUGCAGUAAACAGCCGUAAUGGAUUCUCGUCAGGCGGAGGAUUCAGCAAUUACUUCCCUCGUCCGGAUUAUCAGACCAAUAAUCCCCAUAGUGUUGCACGAUAUCUUUCUAAGAUUGGGGGCCUUCACUCUGGCAUGUUCAAUCCAUAUGGGCGUGCAAUCCCCGAUGUUUCCACACAAGGCUAUCGCUAUGUCACCAUUUGGAACGGCGAGACAAAGCUCGUUGAUGGCACAUCAGCUUCAACCCCAACAUUUGCUGCCGUUGUAGCUUUGGUAAAUGAUGCGUUGGCGGCGGAGGACAAGCCACCUCUAGGGUUUCUAAAUCCAUGGUUAUAUGCGGAGGGAUACAGAGCAUUUCGGGACAUCAACGAAGGCACAAAUGGAGGCUGCAAUACAACUGGCUUUCCAGCUUUGCAAGGGUGGGAUGCAGCUUCCGGUUGGGGCACGCCAUGGUUUCCGAAGUUCAAGGAGUUGGCCUUGAAGAGAAGAUCGAGAGAGACUCGACCCUGGUAUAUCCAGUGGUUCUUGUAG